UUUUGGAAUUCUUCUGUUGGAACUUGCAAAUGAAAAACUUCCAUAUGAAGAAUGUGAUGGAGAUUUCGAUAAAAUAACAGUAUCAAUCCUUUAUAAUAACGACAACAAGUGGAACUUUAAUAAUGCUAUGCCAAAAGAAUACAUAAAUAUUAGUAAAAAAG